UUGCCCCCCACACCGCCGCGACACAAGUCCGUCACCUUCUGCUCGCACUGUAAGUACCAUGAAGACAAGAACUCACCGUACAACUCCUCCGACGUGGACAUCAGAUACUAUUCCGACCCGGGCCGCGACGUUCCCAAAUCAAAACCGAAAAUCAAAAAGAAAAAGGAGCAAACCAAAAGCGACUCUACCGAUAGCGACUUAAAGUACUAUUCCGAACCGGACGCGAAAAACUACUUCGAAAUCGACUACGAGUUCCUCAAAGAGUUGAGACGAAUUGCGCGCAACAAUUGCCCGAAGUGUAAACGCAAGCGGUCAAGAAAAAGCGCCGAUUCCAAACAGUCGCAGGCUAAGUACUCGAAGAGUAAAACGAAGCCGAGAAGCGUGCGGGUCAAAGAGACCUACGUGUACUGUAAUGGACGGUACCACAGUGACAAAGAACACUGUCAGCUUUGCUGUCGGGUGUGCAACAAAUCGACUGAAACCCUCGAUUCGAUAGAGGACGAUCAGUACUCGCUUGUCUCGAGAAGCUACAGCCAGCCAUCGAGCAAAACCGGCAGUUCUCGUACGAAAAGUGGCCAGAGGAACACGUCGCGGGAGCGGAAGAAUUCCGUUCAAUCGAUAAAAUCGGUCUCGUUUCUCGAAUCGAGCAACGACGAGUCUAAAGACGAGACCAACUACACAGCGAAGAGUUUCACCAAUGAUCUGAAGAAGUUUUUGCUAAAACCGUCAACGCCGCGGCUCAGUUUGCGCGACAAAUUCAUUAUCAGUUUCAAGCAAGAGUUCGAAGCUACCAAGAAAUCGCCAAAACUCAAAGCCAUAAAAGGCUUGUGGAAGUCGUAUUGAGGUCGCACACGAGGAUGCUAAAACGUAAUUAUAAGAUGUGACGUUCUAUUUAUUAAUUCUAUAUUUAAUUUGGUGCUUUAUUUGAACUUUCAUUGUUUUAUAAAUCAACGCAAGUGUUCAGAAAUGGUCUAAAAGUGUAAAUUACCAAGGUUUCGGUGCUAAGACUUGUAAGCUGAAAGUUUACAAACUAUAUCCUUGUACAUUAUCGCACGGUUACGUGUCUUUUGAUGUAUCUAUACGUAUUGGAAUGACAAUGAAAUUAAGGUGGUGCAAUAAUGCAGAGUGGCCUGUGAAACGGUUCAUUUUGGGAGGCGAAUAGAUUUUCCAUUUGCAAAUAAACCUUUAUCAUAUGACAUAUGACAAAUUUACUAUUAUAUUAAUAUAGGUCUCCUAGCAAAAAUUUUUUAAUCUACUAUAGAAUGUUUAGAAUGCAAAGGCAUCUCCAAUCGUAGUCGAUAUUGACUCAAUCAAACUUUUAGUCGAAAUCCGCCAUCUUUAUUCGGUAGUAGUCCAUCAGAAUUUUAAUAUAUCAAAAGUUUUAAUAUAUUUAGUACUAAGUAUUUCUUACAGUAGUAUGGUACAAUAUAGGGAGAAGACUGUCAGAUAUAUAGCUAUGUUAUUGUAGAUUUGUUUUUAAUAGAUCGAAACGUAUUUAUUUAUAGUUCAAAUAGUAUGCAAAUAGUAUAUAGGGUGUUAAUAAAAGGGCAUUGCAGUCCGAAACCUUGCAACGUCUGUUAUACUACAGUAUGGUACAACAAUAUAGUUAUUCCUUGCCCCUCUCUCGAGUUGACCUCACCCCCGCCUCUGUAACUUAAAUUCCGCCGUUCGAAAUUAUAUCGUUUCAGAUUCUCACAUUUACUAUUGGAAUGUAGAAUGUAAGCAAGCUUGGUGGCAGAAAGCGGUGGGUCAGAGGUACCUACAAUUAGGUACAUAUCACAAUACAACCGUCCAAUCUGACUACCCCUUGUUGGAUUACAGUCGUGAAUAUAUAUUUAUUUCGUCGUUCUAAUAUAUCAGUAGUCUAUGACAGCGCCAUCGCGAACCCUCAUUUUAUCACUAUAUUUUUUUUAUGGGUGAAAAUGGAAUGGUAACCCCGCCUGCGCUAACGGGAUACGCUGGCGGAGCACCAGUGAAGGGUGAUUGAUGAGAAUGAAAACAGGCCAGUUAGCCCAUCAUGAUGAAUUCAUCAGGAAUUAACCACGAUAGUUUCCAGGGGGCACCGCGAGGAGGUGGACCUGGUUGGGUAUAUUGCCAGCAAUGGGAUUCUCAGUCUCCAUUACUAACAAUCCCUUUCCCCCCGUGUAUCACUAUGUUAGGGAACAUUAGUAAAUGUAUAAAUGUAUCUACAACUAACUAGAUAUAUUGUUGUGUUUAUUACAUUAGUAUUGUAGACAAAUAUAUCAAGUUUUAUAUAGUCACUUUACAAUCGCACUCUAAUAUUAGCAAUGUACUGCUAAAAAUAUACUGGAAUUAUACUUUCGAUUACCUCGUACAAGUUUGUUUGCAAGGAGAAUUCUAUAUUAUUACAUACAUUUAUUUAUUUAAUAAUGAAAUAAAACUGUUCAUUUGAAGUUUUGAUUUAUUAAAUUUUUAUUUAAUUUAAAUUUAAACAAUUUUAAUUCAAAUCGAUUACGAGCUCUUUUGCAUCGUCAUUUUUUUUUAAUCGACUGCAGGGUUCAGGAAGUUGUAUUUAACCCUUCGAGUGUCGACGAGCGCCAUCGUGCUCGUGCGCAUUGCAACUAAAGGUGCCACGAGCGUCAUAGCGCUCGUGAAGUCAGUCGCUGUUUAGCUUGCUGUAAAAAAAAAUAUUAAAAUUGGAUAAUUUUUGGAGGAGAUACAGUUUUUUUUUAGAGACAAUGGUAAAUGAUAUUAACACGACAAAGAUUUCUUUGGAAUUUUUAAGUAGAUAUGAGUAAAAAUCAAUGGCACUUAAAGGGUUAAAGAAAAGGUCGCGGAGAAAAGCUAGUGAGUGAGUCAAACCGCCUGCCAAACGUGGCAACUGCUGGCAAAACCCGCCAUGUUGAUGUUUGAUAGUUAAUUGAUAGAAAAAGUUGAUAUUAUGAGAUGGGUCAUGAAGAGUCAAGGAACCUAUAAGCGGAGACAACCAAUUUUUCCAGUGUACCAGUCAGUUUUCCAGUCCUAUUUAUAUUAAACAAGAUGAUUUAAGAUGUUCUCCUUGCAAACGUACUUUUAGAAUAAAACGAGCGGCCAAAUUGUAUGAAUUCUAACGCUGUGCUAUGCAGUGGAGGCGUUAUUCGUUUAUGUAUUUAUAUAUUUGUUUUUUUUUUCGUGACAAAUGACUGAAUAUUGCAAGUCCACUAGUGGGAUUGCAUUGUGGAUAGACUUUUAAAAAGGUAAUAUUUGUUGUUGCUUCAAAACUUCGUCGUUUAUAAACGGAUUUGUGGUUUUUUGUCUGAAAGAUACUUUCAGUUUGGUCCCAUAGGAAUUUCAUUAAAAUCGUUUCUGUAGUUGGUUGGGGAAAAAAAUGUUUUGUCACGAUCGACGUCGGUUUUUGUUUGUUUUUUGACAAAUCUACUUGUUUAUCUAUAUUAACUUACCCUAAGAGUCGCAUGUUCAUUGUAAAUUAAGUUUUAAGCGACUUCCAAAUAAGGCGAUACUUGGUUCGUUUGAUUUUGCAAGCUACGCGAUCACGUCGCCAAUUCUGAGUCGAUUUUCAUGGUUAUUUUGCGAUCAGUAGAGUUUAUUCCCAUCUUAGCCUUAUAAUUAGAGAUGACUGAAUCUGUUAUUUUUUUUUCGGAGUAUAAAAACUUUGCUGCAAAAUAUUUAGUAUUUGUGUGAUAUAGAACGGGACAGCAACGUUUCAGCAGGGUGCGUCAUCGAAAACGUAUCUAUCGAUUGUUUUGUUUAUUUUCUAAGGGAGUCGACUUGAAGAUAUCUGUAUAUAUUAAUAUGAUUCCUGAUAUUAUUGUUAUUAUAAAACAAUUUUUUUUAUAACUGGUAUAUAAAUACUACAGCAUACAAUUUAGAAUUUGCGUGUGCGCAGUGUAAUUCCACUUUAUAUUCCUACCCCCUUAUUCAUAAAAACGUCAAACUAUUCAUAAACCUAUUUUAGCUACUGAAUUGUUUUGUCUCUUUCUUUUUUGCUAAAUUCUCCAUUUGAAUGAAAGCGACAAAACAGCGUAAUAGUUAAAAUAUGUAAAUAUAAAUUUUUGGGAAAUUAUUUUGUUUCAUUCUGUUGCCAUUAUGUAUGCGUGCGACUGGCAACACUCGUGAGAUUGACCAAUACUACCGGAAUUUUCACAACUUUCCAUAUUAGCCGUCAAUCUCCGACUGCCAUUUUGUUCACGCACGUUUUGCCACUUUUUAUGAAUAAGAGAGUUAAAUUAUGAAAUGUACAGGAAUGAAUUGGAAUUGGGUAGGCACAUAACACUAAAGAUCUAUCCUAAUUUUCGUGAAUUUAAAUUUUAAAAACAAAAUAUUCGAGUCCCCGUACUAAUUAAACAGUUAAACGGUGAGGUAACUCAUGAAGGGAGGCUCAAAAUUUUUUGACCUGAUUCGUUGUUUACAAAUAAUUGUUCAGCUUUGCUAGUAAAACGCUCCCUUCAAAAGAUGCUAGCUUCGAUUCGGCCCAGUAUAUACCAGUCCGUCUUUAGUGUACGAGCUUUUAAGACGUCCAUAUUCGAUUCUGAGGGCCUACCAUGCAAUGUUUUCCGAAAUUUCGGAGUCAAACGAAACAUAAAUUUGAUGUUAAAAUUACAUUAUUAUACAUGCCGUUUGGAAAUGUUAAAAUGUUAAAAUGUCGUUCCUUUGGACUUUUAUGAUUGGAUGUAUGAGGAACGAAAUGUUAAACUCUAUUUAUUGAUUAGAUUUUGGUAUAAACAAAAACACGAAAUUGAGUCCGAAAUUUCGGAAUUUCAUUUCAUGGUAGACCCGCUGGUUGCUCAGUUGCGUCCGUUAAUCGACUGACUGAUUGGGCAUUUUUAUAUACUAUAUGUAAAUUAUAAUAUAUAUAUAUAUUUUCAUGAAUUUUUAUUAUACUGUUUCAAAUUGUAUAAACAAAAAAUGAUAUUAUUUAUAGAAUUAUUAAAUGUAUUUUAUGAUUUAAAAUCAUUUUUCUUAUGAUAUGGCCUAAGUGUUCUAUAGGGGUUAUUACACUAUAAUUAGCGGCUUCUAGGAUCAUAUAUAUGAUAAUGUAAUGUGAUCCACUUUUAAUACCGGUAAAUUUAAUUGCAAGAUAUUGUACCUAUAUUUAGGGACAUAAUCGACUGAGUUUACUUACCGCUUCCACUCGGUAUUUAUUAUUUACUAGCGGCCCGUUCCACGGCGUCGCACGGGUGGACAUUUUUACAUUUCAAAAAGUGGCCAUUAAGGUUGCACACGCGAUGGAAGCUUAAAAAUGGAGUAACUUCUCCCGUUUUCCCAACAUUUCCCUUCACUGCUCUGCUCCUUUUGAUCGUAGUGUGAUGAAAAGUAUACUA